CUCAAUCGUUAGAGAAGACCACCACGCCAAAUUGCGCGAAGCCAGCGUAGAAAAUGCUGCGCGCGCCCCGCAUCGCAGCCCCCUCGCCUCUAACACACUGUCGAACGCGCGCAAGAGCAAGCGCGGCGCCAAACGAUGCUCGUACACAGGCAAAAAACAAGUCGUCUCCCAAGAUGAUCAAGAAACAAGUCCUUAUCACGGCGCUCGCGCUCGCCCUGCACGGCGCCGCUGGAGACGAUCUGUGCGCCCCGGCGUCUACUUCGGCCGCGCGUCGCGUCUACGUCGGCCGCGCGUCGCGCGCCGCGCACCGCGCCGCUCACCGCGUCCCCGCAGGGCCCCACCGCCACCGCCACCGGGCGCGUCGCCGUCCGCGGCGCCGACGGCCGCGCCGACCGUGCCGGGCUGGCGCGCAAACGGCGUCGAAACUCAACGUGCCUUCAAAAAACCCGAUCUGGAGCAAACUGAGCAAGUCUGGAGCCGCCAGCGCUGCGCAUCGGCUGCGCUCCGGCCUACGAGUGGACCGGACAACGCCACGGCGCUUGGCCGUGGGCCCUGCGACGCGCGGCUUGCCCGCGGGCUGCCCCGGAGAGCCCACCACCAUAUGGCAGCACAUGCGCAGCACAUGAGCAAUCUUGAGACGAUGCUCGCGCCGUGACGAUGCUCGCGCCGUGCGCAGGAUUCCGUACGACGGCGACUACAACUUGGCCACGACCCAGAACCACUCGUGCUUCGGCGACGCCACGUGCCCCUCGGCCUUUCAGCUCGGCGGCGGCAUCAAGUCCUCGAUCAACGCGUCCUCGAUCUUCCUCCCCUCAGGGCUCGUCGAACUGAAGAUGGCCAUUACUACUACGUCCUCGCAAGAUGCCCAGACGAGCAUCGUGUCCGUCGCCGUGGAGUGCGUCCCUUUCCAGCUCGACCACGCCCAUUGCCAGACCCCGUCGUGUGAGCAGGUCUCCACGUUUUCGGCCACUAUCGAUCCGGAGCUACUCCAGACUCAAUGCCCCGACCAAACUACCUUGCCCACGAGCACGGAAGUCAAGCUCUCGUUACCCGUCACGGUGGGCGUGGGUCCCGUCGGCGCCGGCGAGCUCGCGUCCUCCAACCACUUGAUCACGUACACCGUAGACGUGGUCGAUAAGGUAGUGCUUAAUGCGACGCAUGACAGCAACGAUAUCAAUGAGGUUCAAGAGGAUCUCGAUCUUGGCGUCGCCGCGUGGCGCGUCGAGCUGGCGAACGAACUGGCGACGCCCUGCAAUGUCGACGAGCACGUCAGUGCCUCUGAAUCGCUGGCCGCCAACGGCCGCGUCUGCAUCAAGGUCAACUCCACCAAGCAGGACGCCGAUGACUACGUCGCCUUCAUCGAGUCCGCUACGCUCACGAACAACGACAAAGGUGUUUCUACGGUCCUCGUGGCCGGCCGCUCGCACGGUUCCUCUUCUACUGAUGAAGCCUACGCGGGUGCGUUUUUCAACGACGCCCACCUCGACGGGGACCUCACGGACGACUACGUCGACUACCUGACGUUCUUCAUUGAUCCCGAGCUGAGACCUGCCGAGGGCGAAACCGCGUCGAUCUCGCUUGUGAUGGCGGUCGCGUAUCACCACGUGGCCACGGGCCGCCGGGUGCUGGCGGAGCGCACCUCCAUGCCCAUGACCAUGGACGCCGCCGGCGAGGACGAGACGGUGCUGGACCUCGGCACGACGUCGCCCACUCAUUGCGUGGAAGGCGAUGCCGCGGUCGAUGCUACUCUGGCUCUGACGGGCCUCCCGAUCAGCGACGCUACCACCGCCGCCAUUGUCACGGUCGUAGCGGAAGCGGUCGGCACUGUUGAUGAGUCUCAGGUCCGUGUCACGAGCGUCGCCCGCGACGACGAGGGAUCCGCGGUCUAUUCCGUGGAGGUGUCUGGCUGCGGCGAGGAGGCCGCGAACGACAUCGUCCUGGCGCUCGAGGACGACGUGGCCAGCGGCAGCCUCUAUUUCCGCUUACUGCUCGCCGGCGUGUCUCCGGAAGCCUUGGACGGCAUUUCCAUCGUGUAUAUCGACACGCGCUCGACGCCGGGGCAGCUCGUCGAGGUUUCUAUCCAGGCCGCUGUUGUUUUGGACGGGGUCGAUGCAGAUGCGUUCAACGCCGACGCGGGCGCGCAGAGCCAGUUCAAGAAGGCCAUCGUCGCGGCCGUCGACGACGUCGUUUCCACGGAUCAGAUCACGGAGCUUCACGCCAAGGCCACGGAGCGCCGGCGCCUCGCUACUUCUGACUCGACCUCGGCCAUCGUCGAAUACACGCUCACGAUCACCAAGAUCGUCACCGACGAGCUGGGCUCCGUCGAGGCCUUCGAAAAGGACUAUCUCGACUCGGUCACUACGUCGCUCGCCACGGCCACGGCGGACGCUUACUUCCUCGAGAUCCUCCAGGCCGAGCCGUUGUUCGCUGACGCAAGCGUCGAUAUCGGAGCCACCUUCAAUUUCCUCAAGGGCGCUACUAUCGAAGCCGACCCCGUCGAGGAGGACCAAGAGACGUCCGCCGACAGCGACGCCGAGCCGAAGACCGCGGGGCUGCCGAUCGUCGCAGCCAUCGUCGCCGGCGCCUCAUUGCUAGGCGCUGCCACGGGUGCCUACAUCGUCUCCAAGUACCGCGAGGCCUACCAGACCGAGCGCAUCGCGCCCGAGGUCUACGUCAAGGACAUCGACCUCGAGACGCCGCCGGCGACGCUGCCCGCGAACCCCGCGCUCUUCGUGCGCCGCUGAGCCCCGUCGCGCCGGCGCGCCCCGCCCGUCAAGAAGUUCCCCCGGGCGGCGCCGCCAGAGCGCCCUCCCCCCCAUUCGUCAACUGUGUCCCUCCCCGCGUAACUACUGAAAAUCUGAA